CAUUAGUGAAAGUUUCCUGACAGUUAAAGGGGCUGCUCUCUUCUUACCUCGAGGAAAUGGCUCCUCUCCUUCGUCUGCCUCUCGCUUCUCACAGCUGCGCAGCAAACAUGCAGGAGACAUCCAACAGCAUCUGCAAACCAUGUUCACUCUCCUCAGACCAGAGGACAACAUCAAACUGGCGGUGCGUUUGGAGAGCGCACACACUCAGAUCACCCGCUACAUGGUGGUGGUCUCAACCAAUGGUCGUCAAGACACAGAGGAGAGUGUGGUGCUGGGAAUGGAUUUCAGUCCUGUAGAUAGUUCAUGUUCUGUAGGGAUGGUUUUGCCCUUGUGGAGCGACACAUUAAUACAUCUGGAUGGAGAUGGGGGUUUCAGUGUGUCAACUGAUAACACAGUGCACGUUUUCAAGCCGGUUUCUGUGCAGGCCAUGUGGUCGGCCCUCCAGUCCCUCCAUAAGGCCUGCGAGGUGGCUCGUUGUCACAACUACUUCCCAGGUAGCUUGUUCCUCACCUGGGUCUGCUACUAUCAAAGCAGGGUGUACUCGGACCAGGCCCGCAUCAACGAGUGGAACGCCAUGCAGGAUGUGCAGUCGCACCGUGCAGAUUCACCCGUGCUCUUCUCCGACGCACCCACGGAAAGAGAGCUGACUGAGCGUCAGAUCAAAAACAGUUUGAGGGAGAUCAUGAUGCAGAAAGAUCUUGAGAAUGUCACCAGCAAAGAGAUCCGAACAGAGCUGGAGAUGCACAUGACAUGCAACCUGCGAGAGUUCAAGGAGUACAUCGACAAUGAGAUGAUCGUCAUUCUGGGCCAGAUGGACAGUCCUACGGAGAUCUUUGAUCACGUCUUCUUGGGAUCUGAGUGGAAUGCAUCCAAUUUGGAGGAGCUGCAGAAGAGCGGGGUUCAGUACAUCUUGAAUGUAACCAGGGAGAUUGAUAACUUCUUCCCCGGUGUGUUUGAGUACCACAACAUCCGUGUGUAUGAUGAAGAGGCCACUGACCUUCUUGCCUAUUGGAAUGAAACCUUCAAGUUUAUAACUAGAGCCAAGAAAGCCGGUUCCAAGUGUUUGGUGCACUGUAAGAUGGGCGUCAGUCGCUCUGCAGCCACAGUGAUCGCGUACGCCAUGAAGGAGCACGGAUGGGACCUGAAGAAAGCUUUUGAUUUCGUCAAGGAGCGUCGAACUGUGACCAAACCUAACCCUUCCUUUAUGAGACAGCUGGAGGAGUAUCAGGGCAUACUGCUGGCCAGUAAGCAGAGGCACAACAAACUGUGGCGUUCUCACUCUGACAGCGACCUGUCUGAUAACCAUGAGCCGCUCUCUAAAUCUCACGCACAACCGCUCAGCCUGGGCCGCUUAGACCCCCACAACCAGGCCGAUAGCGAGCCUGGCCCCUCUGUGAGAGAACUGCUGGAUUCACUGGGAACCUCGGCUAAGACUCGCAAAGCAACACACUCCACCAGCCAGCCUGACACUGGCAUCCACUCCAAGCUCAGCUCCUCAUCCUUUGGGGGGAUGGCAGCUAUAAAAGGCAAUGCUGAAGCUCAAAGGCUGGAGGCUCCUUCUCAUUCUGCUGUUAUCCAAACCAGCCAAUCAGACCCCCCCUGUCCCGAACCCACAGCUGGCUCUGUGUCUCCGUUAUCUCCUCCGCUCUCCAACGGUGUGUCUGACUCUGAGGAGCAGCCCUCAUCGCCUCCUCUCUCCGAGCCAAGGGCCGCUACGGUGGUGCCGGAGCCUCUCAAGACUGACAUGGUGACAGAGACUGUUUUAGCUGGCGAGCCUCACCCACCUCCCUCCUUCCAAGACCUCCCCCUCUCCCCUGCUCCAUCUCCAACUCCAACUCCAGUCUGCACGGAUGAGGUUAUCAAACCGCAGCUGUUGUCCUGCUCUCUGCCUGUGGCAAAACCCAUGCUAGUGUCCGUGCCUGAGCCCAUGACAACACAAACACCGAGCACACGACAGGCUGGACCCCAGAGUCUGCCUGCACCAGUGCCUGUUCCAAAAACAGACUGUGACCAACAGAUGUGUAGCUUGUCUUUGGACAGUUUACCAGCACAUCCUCCCUCCACUAGUCAUUUAGUCAGCUACCACGGUGCCAUUCCACAAGACGGCGAGUUGCUGUUCGGCCACAGCGCAGAUCACAUUAACUUUUUCAGUGCCAGAGAGAAGUUCAAGGGAAUGAGUCAAGAUGAUAAAACUCAGUGUGCCGCAGUGCAGCAGUUGCCCCAGCAGAAGAGUUGUGGCAAGGAACAACAACCACUGCCUGAUGAGGGGAAGCAUGAGGAGAAAAGAAAGGAAAUGUCCGUCCCUGUGCAGGUCACAGAUCUGAAGCCUGCAGAGCACUCAGAGUCUGAGGACCAGGAUGUGAAGAAGUCGGUGCCGGAAAUAAAGGAUGAAGAUGUUUUAUCACAAAAGGAAGCUGAGCAUGUUAAAGAGGAAGUAAAAAACAAAGAAGAAGAGGAGGAGGCGGCCCCUGCUCGUCUGUACAGUGAUUGGACGAGGGGCUCCGUGCGGCGCGUCACACGACAGCUGGAGCAAAGAAUGAAACAGGAUCAUGAGACUUCGUCGCCCUCCUCAUCUCCUCCGUCCCUCUCCGGCAGCUCCUCCUGCUCUCAGCAGCGUCCACACAGUGUCCAUAAUGUGACAAUGUCCAAUACCCAGGAUGCAUCAGCUGGCUCACAGCUCUCAAGCCGGGUGCAAGGAGAUGAGGAUGCAUUUAGACCAGUUAAAAGGGACAGUGGUAAUUUAGUUGAAAUGAGGGCACUAGGAAAUAAUGACGUAAGCACAAAAGGACACAAACUCCAUCCUUCUGAAAGAUUGCUCUCUACCUCUUCUUCUUUCCACCGCUCUGCCCACUCUCCCUUCGCCUCUGUCAACUUCCUGUGUUUGGAGGGCGUGACAGAUUUGGAGUCAGCCACAGACUGGGACUGUUUUACAGAGGGACCUCAUUGUGACAUUAUCAUGAGGGAGACUUGGGAGACUCUGUGUGAGCUGGGUGCCUUCCUGCAGCAGGUGAGCAAGGAGGGAGGCUGCAAGGCCCGCUGCGUGGACCAGGUGUUCGGCCUCAGCGCCGGAACCACCCAGAAACGAGGUGUAGGCAACCAGAAGAGGGUCAAAGAGGUGGAGGCAAGGAUUCGCCAGGCGGGACUGACCCCUCCAUCCCUGAUGAAGCGCUCGGCCUCUCUGGCCAAACUGGGUUGCCUGGAGCUGCUGGCCAACGACCUGAGUGAGUGGGAGAUCAGCCGCUCGUCCGUAGCCCCGUCCUCCGCAGAGCCCGAGACCCACACAACCAGCGAUGAGUCCAAGAAGCAGCGCGUCCACAAAUCGUCUUCCUCAGCCGAACAGCAGACGGAAGACAUUGAGACUGGAGAGGAGAGGCUUUCUGAAGCUGGAGAAACCUCACCAGGAGUCUCUCCACAAUCCAGUCCGCAGAAAGGAGAACUGCCUAACGCUGACCAAGUCUCUCCCGACUCACAUGGGCUGUCACUCACGGCAACAAGGCAGCAGUAUGGAAGGACUCACCCCCUGAAUCAGCUCAAGAAAAGAACUAGUACUGUUUACCAUACCAUUUAACCCUCACUGUGUCCGUCUCUAUGUGUGGGUGUGUUUGUGUGUGUGUGUGUUUGUGUGUGCGAGAGCGAGAGGGAUUAUGCACACCUGUGAGAAAUAGAAAUCAAGUGCAUACAUGUUGGAUUUAUUCAGUAAAACAAACCAAUGCCUCUUGCCUUAAAGGAUAUGAUCACAUUUGUCUGUACAUUUUUCUCUGUAGAUCUGCUGAGGGCCUCUGUGAUAUCUGACAUAUCAGACUUUUCUCAGUGCAAGAACAGUGACAAGGCUAUGAAGGGUCCGGUCAAUUGGUAAUAAAACUUGAGUCAAAUUGGAAGAAGCGCUGUGAUGUGUAAACACUUCCUAAAACAGUCAUCAAAAUAAAUAUCUUGUUUCAAUUGUUAUACACCUGAGCCUGCACAUAUUCACUCCCUUCACCAUUGCUGGUUCCUGAUCGCUGUUGGUUUUUUGGAUUGUCCGACCUGGUGUUAGGUGGAAUGUAGUUUAUUUUCUUUCCUCUUUCCUUAUGCUUCUCUGCAUCAGUUUUUGCUAUUUGUGCUGGGUAACUGCCAAACAAAUGAUACAGCCA